ACCCAACUCCUCCCUCUCUUCCUCUUCUACAUCUCCCACCUCUUGCAUUUCUUCGCAUCUGAAGCUGCAGUAACUCGAUUCUCCUAUCUCCUUUUAAUACAAACUAUUUUCUUUAGCUUCAUCACCCAGUCUUCAAAAUGCGUGAGAUUGUUCACCUCCAGACCGGUCAGUGUGGUAACCAAGUUGGUUCUGCCUUCUGGCAGACCAUCUCUGGCGAGCACGGCCUCGAUGCCAGCGGUGUUUACGGUGGUACUUCCGACCAGCAGCUCGAGCGUCUGAACGUCUAUUUCAACGAGGCUUCCGGCAACAAAUAUGUCCCCCGUGCCGUUCUCGUCGAUCUCGAGCCCGGUACCAUGGACGCCGUUCGCUCCGGCCCCUUUGGCCAGCUGUUCCGCCCCGACAACUUCGUUUUCGGCCAGUCCGGUGCUGGUAACAACUGGGCAAAGGGUCACUACACCGAGGGUGCUGAGCUGGUUGACCAAGUUCUCGAUGUCGUUCGUCGCGAGGCUGAGAACUGUGAAUGCCUUCAGGGUUUCCAAAUUACACACUCCCUGGGUGGUGGUACCGGUUCCGGUAUGGGUACCCUGCUGAUCUCCAAGAUCCGUGAGGAAUUCCCUGAUCGCAUGAUGGCCACAUUUUCCGUCGUUCCUUCUCCCAAGGUCUCGGAUACCGUUGUCGAGCCUUAUAAUGCCACCCUGUCUAUGCACCAGUUGGUUGAGAACUCGGACGAGACCUUCUGUAUCGAUAACGAAGCCUUGUAUGAUAUCUGCAUGAGGACCCUGAAGCUGUCUAACCCCUCAUACGGCGACCUGAACCACCUGGUUUCUGCCGUCAUGUCCGGUGUUUCCACCUCCCUCCGAUUCCCUGGCCAGCUCAACUCCGACCUUCGCAAGCUCGCCGUCAACAUGGUGCCGUUCCCUCGUCUGCAUUUCUUCAUGGUGGGCUUUGCGCCUCUUACCAGCCCUGGCGCGCACUCCUUCCGCGCUGUUUCCGUUCCCGAGUUGACCCAGCAGAUGCUGGAUCCUAAGAACAUGAUGGCUGCCUCUGACUUCCGCAAUGGCCGCUAUCUGACCUGCUCCACCAUCUUCCGUGGAAAGGUUGCCAUGAAGGAGGUCGAGGACCAGAUGCGCAGCAUCCAGAACAAGAACUCCACCUACUUCGUCGAGUGGAUUCCCAACAACAUCCAAACCGCCCUCUGCUCUAUCCCCCCCAAGGGUCUCAAGAUCUCCUCCACCUUUGUCGGCAACUCUACUGCUAUCCAGGAAAUUUUCCGCCGUGUUGGUGAGCAAUUCAGUGCCAUGUUCCGCCGCAAGGCCUUCUUGCAUUGGUACACUAGCGAGGGUAUGGACGAGAUGGAGUUCACUGAGGCUGAGUCCAACAUGAACGAUCUCGUUUCCGAAUACCAGCAGUACCAAGAUGCUACCGCCGAUGACGGUGAGGAGUAUGAGGAGGAGGUUCCCAUGGAGGAGGAGUAAAUGUUUCCGAUCUUUUGGUAUUGCUCUCAGCCGCUAGUGGUUGGAAUAAAAACCUUUUUGUUUUCACCGGGGUUAAUUGUUAGAUGCAAGCCCCUUCUUUUGUGAAUAAACUAUACUGUUUUAAAUAGGCUCAAUAAUACCCGCUGGCCCAAA